AUGGCACAUUGGCGGUCGUAUGUCAACAAAGUUUUGGUGAGAACAUGGAAUAUAAUUCAAGUUAUUGGCAUAGCUCUGCGUAUAAUUUUCAAACAUUUGAGAGUCCGAGUGGUAGAAAUAGCCUCACAGGCCGGUGCAGCGACGAGUUUGCUGGCAAUUAGCUUGACAGUAAACCGAAGGUUACAUCCAUGCGAGAGGCUAUUAUGGCUUUUGAUCUUACUGCUCAGCAUUUAUACUGCCCUCAUGCUGAGCGAUUUGCAACGUCAACGUUUCUUAACAUCGCCCACUGUAAUAUCUGUUGAUCGGGACUAUAGAGGCUGGAAUGGUUCGCUGCCUGCGGUGACUUUGUGUUACUACGAUCAUAUCGAUUCGUUUAAGGCCAACGAAUUUAUACAGGAUAUCUGGAAUGUGUCCAUAGUUGAUGAGGACUAUUUCUUUUUCAUGGACUUUCUUUAUGCCGUUGUCAAUGCCACGACCAGCAACUAUGCGGACAUUGCCAAAUAUGCGGAGGACGAGCGUUUUGAUCAGAUCGACUUGCACGAAAUGAUACAGCUAAUCGAUCGACCCUUCGAGCAGCUCAUCAGCAGCUUCGAUGCCAAUUUCCGGGUACAGGUGCAGCAGGUGAUGACGGAGCGCGGUCUGUGCUACGCCAUUAAUGCACCCAUGGCAGAGGUGCUUAAUGGAAAGCCCGUGAUAUACGAACAGAUGCCUUUGCCGCUGUCCUGUCAGUAUGGCAAGCAGCAGUGCUACAUUCGUAUGGAUCUUUAUGAGAGCACAGGCGUAAUCGACGUGCACUCACCAUUUGAAGUGUCAGCCACGCAUGCCAAUAUCAUUCCUUUGCACACAUCGGACGAAAUAACGGCCUCGUUCAAAGUGCUAGAAACUGUUGCUUCCAAAAACUUGCGUCAGUUGAGUGUGGCACAACGUAAAUGCGUGUUCAACGAUGAGGAAACCUCCUAUCUUAAGAUAUAUAGCAAGUCGGUUUGCCUGGCGCGUUGUCGUGCCAUCAUGGCCUUGGAAAUGUGCAACUGUGUGCCGUUCUUCUAUCAGUUUGUGGAUGGACCCAGCUGUAGUCCAGCAGGCUUUGAGUGUCUGCUUGAUUUCAAGUGGCCUAUUUGGGCACUACAUAUAUGCAAGUGUCCGUCGACCUGCACAGAGAUUGAGUAUACCAUGCAAACGGUGAAAAAGAGCUCAUGGGGUGUAAAGAACAAUGACGAUGGCAUGGGUAGUGAUACGGCUACAUCUAGUUUUCGCUGGGAUCUGAUACCGCCCAAGGUGCGAAUGCGUCGCGAUGUGGUGUUCAGCUUUGAGGAUCUCAUUGUUUCUUUCGGCGGUGCCAUGGCCUUUUUCGUAGGCGUCAGCGUAAUGGGCCUGGUUCAAAUGUGUCAUGUCAUAUUGUACAAUGUUCUACGGGAUCUUUUCAAACUGCUGAGAUGCAUUUUGGCCUACGGCCGCAUUUUUCGACAGCGCUAUAUAAAACCGCCAACAAUUUCAUUGGAGGCCACAACGGAACUACCACCAUUCGAAUAUGUGAAUUAG